AUGGUGGUCCGUAUGUUCUGCUUUAUCCUGACGGCACACGGGGUGGACCAGCUAUCAAUUUCUGAGGUAAUUGAAAACCUUGCACUAGAGAUUGACCAUCAAGCUGUCAGCAGAUUCAACAUCUGUCGCUCUGACAUCUGGGAUGGAGCAGUCAGAGGAUUCAGAAGGGCAACAUUUUCUGAAAAGAAAGACAUCCUGGUGAAAUUCACUGAUGAUGAAGGGAGGUUUGAGGAAGGUCUGGAUGCAGGUGGCCCUAAGAGGGAAUUCCUUUCCCUUCUUAUGAAAGAACUGAACAAACGGCCCAUAUUUGAUGGACCUGUGGAGAGCCGCUACCUGGUCUAUAAUUCAACAGCUAUCGAAGAGGAUGAGUACUAUUUAGCAGGGAAGAUGAUAGCUGUGUCCAUUGUACAUGGCGGACCUGGUCCUAAUUUUCUAUCAGAGGAUCUGGUCAGCUACAUCUCAGGGCAGACCAGUUUCAAGGCAUCUGUAGUAGACAUUACAGAUGAGGAGAUAGGGAAAGUCCUACAAGAGAUUCUGAAUGCACCGUCAUUGGACAUCCUUCAGGACUUGAUGGUAAGGAACAGCGCCAUGUUGCAGACUGCUGGGUGCUUCAGGCAUGUCAGGUCAUGUGACGAACAAAAAAAGAUUGUAGAGGAGUACCUGAAGUGGUACAUCAUCCACAGGAACAGCACUGCAAUCGAAAGAUUUAAGGCUGGACUUGAAAGUCUGCAGUUUCUGAAAGCUCUGCAGCAGCAUCCAAGGGUCCUGACCCCUGCUCUCUGUCAUGCUGAUGUGAAGCUGUCUGCUGCAGAGAUGGAAAAUCUGUUCCUGCCUGAGCUUAGUCAAAAGGGAAGCAACAGGAGGGCUCAGGAAGAAAAAGCUAUGAGUUACUGGGCGGACUAUCUUCUGGAUUGUGAAGGUUAG